GAUAGUUUUGAAGUAGAUGGUGAUUCGGAAGGCAAAGAUAAGGAAAUAUAUCACCUCGUGCUCAGAGAAUCCUUCUCAGCACAAGACAAUGCCAUUUCACUUGGCCAGAUGGUGCUGGAGAAACCCAAUAUUUCCUGAAGGUAGAGAUGGCAGUGCUCCUCACAUUGAAACUGCCUCUCCAGGAUGCAAUGGUCCUCUGCCACCAACUAGACUUGUCAAUAAAAACCGGAUUGUAAUACCUUGUCUAGGGCAUUUUAAAGAGGAAUAUGAACAAAAAACAAAACAUUACAAGAAUAACAGAAUACGGACUUCAAAGUACAGUUUAUGGAGCUUCAUACCAAUGAACUUGUUUGAACAAUUUCACAGAGCUGCAAACCUAUAUUUCUUAUUCAUUGUGCUACUAAACUGGGUUCCAGUGGUCGAAGCUUUCAGGAAAGAGAUCACCAUGGUCCCUCUGCUAGUGGUCCUCACGAUAAUUGCAAUAAAAGAUGGCGUAGAGAAUUACACAAAGUACAGAUUAGAUAAAAAGAUAAACAAUUUAGUCACCCAGGUCUACUCUACAAAAGAAAAGACAUACAUGGAGAAAUUCUGGAAAGAUGUUCAAGUUGGUGAUUUUAUCCAACUAUCAUGUAAUGAAGAAAUUCCUGCUGAUAUGGUGCUGCUAUACUCUAGCGAUGGGGACGGGAUCUGUCAUAUUGAAACAUCAAGUCUUGAUGGAGAGACCAAUCUAAAACAGAGGCAGGUUGUGAAAGGCUAUGCUGAACAGGACACUGAAAUUGAUCCUGAAACAUAUACAGACAGGAUUGAGUGUGAACCUCCUAACAAUGACCUGAACUCCUUCCGGGGCUUUAUUGAGAAUCCCGAUAAAGAACGAGUGGGCCUGAGUAAGGAGAACUUGUUGCUGCGUGGCUGCACAAUUAGAAAUACAGAGACUGUCAUUGGCAUUGUGGUCUAUGCAGGUCAUGAAAGCAAAGCCAUGUUAAACAACACAGGGAGUCAUUACAAAAGAAGCAAACUAGAGAGGAAAGUAAACCAUGAUAUCAUCUGGUGUGUUCUGCUGCUCUUUGUGAUGUGCUCAGUCGGGGCAAUAGGUCAUGGAAUCUGGCUAGGCGAGUAUCCAGAACCACCUCUCUUCAGCAGUGGGAAAUGGCUUUCCCCACCAGUGGGAGGAUUUUUAAGGUUUUGGACAAUGAUAAUUUUAUUACAGGUCUUGAUCCCAAUUUCGCUGUAUGUUUCCAUUGAAUUCGUCAAAUUGGGACACAUCUAUUUAAUCCAAAAUGACAUUGAUUUGUACCACGAACCCACAGACACCAGGAUUCAAUGUGGAUCCCUAAAUAUUGCCGAAGAUCUCGGACAAAUUGAAUACAUUUUCUCAGACAAGACUGGAACGCUCACGGAAAAUAAAAUGGUUUUUCGGAGAUGCAGCAUUGCGGGGCAUGAAUAUGGCCACGAAGAGAAUGAUAAGAGACUAGAAUCUUACCAUGAAUUUGAGUCAGAUGAUGAAGAGGGAGGAUUCUUUCCUUCACAGUCUUCUUUGAAGCGUCUGUCCAGGGCAAGAUUUAGCCGAAAAUCAAGUGCAUUCAUUGCUGGCAGGUCUAUUAGCCACAUGUUUCGCAGCUGCAGUGCUGUACGUGUGUCAAGCAUGAGACACCUGGCCUUCAGCAGCCCAAUUGAAACAGAUGUUGUGCCAGACACGCGACUUGAAAGGAAAUUCAAGAUGAUCUCACGCAAAGUCUAUGAAGAGUAUGAGAUGUCGGAGGCAAUGUCAGAUAUCAUGAAAAUCAGUGAAUUUUUCAUUGCUCUAUCAAUUUGCAACACAGUUGUUGUUUCAGUACCAGAUCAACCACAUCUAAAGCGGCGGUGGUCUUCAGUAGCCAGAAUGCCUGUUUUACCCCCGACUGAUUUUAGACAGAUGUUUCAAAAAAUUUCACCCCGGAAGGCAAGCCCCACAUCUGUUCAAUCUCAAAGCUCAGUUGAAGCACAGUCCAAAAAACCUGCGACACGACCAAGGCUGAAUGUUGUCCACGUGCAGUUUCCAGCCUCCAUAACAAACCAAAGCUCUGAGUCUUCUGAGAGCUCACCAAGCAGCUUAACAUCUAGGCAUGAAGAAAUGAGGACCUUGAGUGCACCUGAUUUCACUAAACACAGAUUGUCAUAUGAUUACUGUGCAUCCAUGGAGCUGUCUUAUGAGGCGGAGAGUCCUGAUGAAGCAGCCCUUGUGCAUGCUGCCAGGGCUUAUCAAUGCACUUUAAAGGCGAGGAAUCCGGAUCAGGUGACGAUAGACAUGGGUCCUUUGGGAACAUUGACAUUUCCACUGCUACAUAUUUUGCCUUUUGACGCCACCCGAAAACGAAUGUCUGUUGUGGUUAAGCACCCAAUUUUAAACAAGAUCGUGAUGUACACAAAAGGUGCAGACUCUGUCAUAAUGGACUUGCUGAAGACGGAACCUACCGGUGAUUUGGGAACAGACUUCAAAAGUAGAGGAAUACAGAAGAAAACUCAGAUGCAUUUGGAUAAUUAUGCUACAAAGGGACUGCGCACUCUUUGCAUAGCGAUGAAGGUGUUAUGUGAUGAGGAAUAUGAGGAGUGGUUGAAAGGACAUUUUGAAGCAGAAAGCAAUAUAGAUUCCAGAGAAGAGAUGCUCUUGGCGUCUGCAGAGAGGCUUGAAAACAAUUUGACAUUGCUUGGUGCCACUGGGAUUGAAGAUCGCCUGCAAGAAGGUGUUCCGGAAACCAUUGAAGCACUUCAAAAAGCAGGGAUCAAUAUUUGGAUGCUGACAGGUGAUAAACACGAAACAGCCAUCAAUAUAGCAUGCUCCUGUAAAUUAAUUGAAAUGACUGAUGAACUCUUCACUCUUAAGUCUGAAAGUCUGGGUGAUUGUGAAAAGCUGAUGGACAGCAUUUUAGAAAAGAUCACAAUGAAUCGCAAAAAAAUGCACAGCACGAAACUUUUGAGAGUCCCAACCAGCUACACAGUGAAUCAUCCCCAAGUGGACUGUGCGCUGAUCAUAGAUGGACCGACGCUAGAAUUUGCUUUGCAUGAAAGAGUGAGGAGUAAGUUCUUAAAGCUCACAGCGUGCGUUCGGGCUGUCAUCUGCUGCAGAGCGACACCCCUGCAAAAGAGCCGAGUGGUGAGAGUGGUGCAGAAGGGGAUGCAAGUAAUGACCCUGGCUAUAGGUGAUGGUGCCAAUGAUGUCAGCAUGAUCCAGGUCGCUGACAUUGGAAUUGGAAUCUCUGGCCAAGAGGGCAUGCAGGCUGUGUUGGCAAGCGAUUUUGCAGUAUCACAGUUCAGAUAUCUCAAGAAGCUGCUGUUUGUUCAUGGUCACUGGUGUUACAACCGCCUGGCAAACAUGAUCCUUUACUUUUUCUACAAGAAUUUGGCCUACGUAAACCUGCUGUUCUGGUACCAGUUCUUCUGUGGCUUUUCAGGAACCCCCAUGACUGACUACUGGAGCUUGAUUUUCUUCAACCUUCUGUACACAUCACUACCACCCAUUAUUUUUGGCAUUUUAGACAAAGAUCUCUCUGCAGAAACCCUUCUGCGCCAUCCUGAACUUUACAAGGCUAGUCUGGAAAAUGAGCCAUAUGGGAGAUUAGCUUUUGCCCUGAACUUGGUAGAUGCAUUUUACCAAAGCCUGGUUUGCUUUUUUAUCUCUUACUUUAUCUAUCAGAACUCUGAUAUCGACCUGUACUCUUUUGGGACUCCUCUCAACGCUUCCAUGUUCUUUAUAAUACUCCUGCACCUUGUUAUUGAGAGUAAAUCUUUGAACUGGAUACACUUUGCAGUUUUUGGAAUAAGCAUCCUGUUGUUCUUCAGCAUUACUAUGGCUUUUGGAGCUACCUGCGUCACCUGUAACCCACAAGGCAAUCCAUAUUGGGUUAUACAGAGACAGCUGGCUGAUCCCAAGUUUUAUUUGAUUUGUAUCAUCUCAACUGUGGUAGCUCUUUUUCCAAGAUACAUGUUUAGAGUGAUCCAAGCCACAGUGUUUCCCAGCCCACUGAUGGAAGCUAGACUCCAACAAAGAAAGAAGCUCUCUCUCAAGGUGGAUGUCUCUGAAACAGUAUGCGCUUAG